AGUGCUUCCAGUUUCGGCAGGCUAAUGAACGACUUACUACGACUAGUGAGAGGAAAGCAAACAUGGAUAAAGAAAUCCCAGAUAAGAAUCGAGCGAGAAGAGAAAAGAAACAAGAGAGAAGAGAGAGUGACCUCUUUGAUUAAUUAAAAACUCUCGUAGUUCCUCGUCCACCUUCAGCUCGUCAUCCCAUGGCCAUGGCUUUUGCUUCCGCUUCUACUUCUAUAUAGACCACGUCUUUGGCUUUUGUAUAUCCCCUUUGCUGGGUUCGACGGUUGCUAGGCAAAAGGUGGAACAAGUUGUGAGCGUUUGAGGAAGAGGAGAGAUGAAGAGAGAGCAUCAAGAGAUUGGUGGGGAUGGAGGAGGAGGAGGAGGAGGACUUACCGGGAUGGUGGGAGGUGGUAAGGGGAAGAUCAAGGAGGAGGAUGAUGAAGGAGUUGAUGAGCUCCUUGCAGCGCUUGGGUAUAAGGUCAGGUCGUCGGACAUGGCCGAUGUUGCGCUUAAGAUGGAGCAGCUUGAGAUGGCUAUGGGGAGUAACGCCGGUGCCGCGCCGGAUGAUUCGUUAAUCGCGCAUCUUGCGUCGGAUACUGUGCACUAUAAUCCGUCUGAUCUAUCGACCUGGCUUGAGACUAUGCUGUCCGAGCUUAACACGCCGCCGCCGCCUCUGCCGCCGGCUCCGGCGGAUCGACAUCUUAGUUACGAUCUUCCACCUGCUCCGGCUCCGGCUGUUUCCGUGCAGUCGUCUAUCUUCGACACCAUCGCGCCAGCGGAGUCGUCUACCAUCACCACCGUCGAUUUCAGCGCACCGCCACCCCCGUCGGCGAGACCCGUCACCGGACCACGGGUCUCGUAUGGACCAACAGAAACCCCAUCGGAUCUUACGGGUACCCGAGAGAGGAAGAGGAUGCGGUCAUCGUCCGCUUCCUCUUCAUCUUCUCGUGGCGGCGGAGUGGCUGGGAUUGGAUCGGUCAAUACCACCACGACGGAGGCAUCAUCGAUCUCCCCGGCUGCGCCGGGACCUACCGUGGUUAUCGUCGACUCGCAGGAAGCCGGGAUCCGGCUAGUCCACGCGCUGAUGGCCUGUGCCGACGCUGUCCAGCAGGAUAACAUGAAGGCGGCGGACGCCCUAUUGAAGCAGAUCUCGGUUCUCGCCGCAUCGCAAGGCGGCGCGAUGCGCAAGGUCGCAAGCUACUUCGCCCAAGCCCUAGCUGGCCGGAUCUAUCGGAUUCAUCCCCAACAAGACUGUUCCCUGGACUCCGCCUUCUCCGACAUCCUCCAGAUGCACUUCUACGAGACUUGCCCUUAUCUCAAGUUCGCCCACUUCACCGCCAACCAAGCCAUCCUCGAAGCCUUCGCCGGCCGCCGUCGGGUCCAUGUCAUAGACUUCAGUAUGAAACAAGGGAUGCAGUGGCCGGCGCUCCUGCAAGCCCUCGCUCUCCGUCCUGGUGGUCCUCCUUCAUUCCGCCUCACCGGGAUCGGCCCACCCCAGCCGGACAACACCGACGCGCUCCAACAAGUCGGAUUGAAGCUCGCUCAGUUCGCCGAGACGAUCCACAUCGAUUUCGAGUACCAUGGUUUCGUUGCCAACAGCCUUGCGGAUCUGGAACCCUAUAUGCUCGAUCCGAAUCGCACCGGCGGCACCGUUGCCGGUGCCGACGAAGAACCAGAAGCGAUUGCGGUGAACUCCAUAUUCGAUCUGCACCGCCUUCUCGCAAGCCCUGGCGCGAUCGAGAAGGUUCUCGGAACAGUGCGUGCGAUGCGGCCGCGAAUCGUGACGGUAGUCGAACAAGAAGCGAAUCAUAACUCGGGUCCGUUUGUAGAUCGGUUCACGGAGGCGUUGCACUACUACUCGACUAUGUUCGACUCGUUGGAAGGCGGCGCUUGUAGCGGCGGCGGUAGUGGCGGCGCCGUUGAGUCAGGAGCGGGCCAGCAACAAGAUCAAUUGAUGUCUGAGGUGUAUCUGGGCCAUCAGAUCUGCAACGUGGUAGCCUGUGAGGGCGCGGAGAGAACGGAGAGGCACGAGACACUGACUCAGUGGCGUAGCCGGAUGGUGCGAGCCGGGUUUGAACCGGCUCAUCUCGGCUCGAACGCGUACAAACAGGCGAGCAUACUACUGGAGUUCUUCGCGGGUGGGGAUGGGUAUCGGGUUGAGGAAAGAGACGGGUGUCUCACGCUCGGGUGGCACUCGCGCCCACUUAUCGCCACGUCGGCUUGGCGGCUCGCCGACGCCGCAGCGCGCUGAGCGAGCGGCGCAACUACGCCUAUCACGUAAUCAACGCCGUCCGAUGGCCUGACGUUGAUCUUGAUGCAGAUGUGCAACGUGGUGUGGGGGGUCCACCAUCAGCUCGGAUUGAGUGGUUAAUAACUGAUUAAGAAAAGCCGAGCCGAUCCGACCGGACCCGACCGACCGACCGACCCGGCUUCCUUUCCCUUUCUUUUUAUUUUCUUUUUAUUUAAUUUCGCGGUUAUUUUUACUCUUUUUUUUUUUAAGUUAUGUUUUUUAAUAUAUAUAUAUAUAUAUAUAUUAUGUGAAGUAGUAGUAAUAGUUGUAGUAGUGGUAAUAGUAGUGAUCAGUGUAAGUAGUAUUCCGUUGUGAUGAUAUUUGAUAUUUUCUCCUCUAUAAAUAUUUCAAUGAAAUAAAAUCGCGAGGGGAUCUUCUUUCAA